AUGCCGCCAUCAACAGCCUCGCUAGACCCACUGCCGGAUCACUGGUACUACUUCUUUGGCGUUUUGGAACCACUAAGCGUUCUGGCCGGAAGCUACUAUGCGCUGGUGCUGCCGGAGCGCUACCACCACGAGCUCAUCCCACCCGCCUUCCUGUCGAGCAGCAAGCUGCAGAGCGGGCUGCAGAACGCGGGUGUGCUGUCGGACUCGGCACGCAUGGCGCUCGGCCAGCUGGGCAGCUGCUACUUCCUCAUCAUGCUCAACUCGGCGCUCAUGUUCUACGCGCUCCGCAAGUGGCUUAGGGGCAACAACGACGUGGCGCUAGAGAGGAUCCUGAGGUACCUCUUCUUUGUGCUCGGCGCAGCCGAUUGGACACAUAUUGGACUGACGAUUUGGCUGCUGCCCAAUGGUCCGCCGACGAGAACGGGCCUGGUGGGCGUGCACAAGGCCACGGUGGUGGACAAGUUCAGGCUGCUCGCCAAUCCGGCCAGCUGGAACAGCCUCCUGUUCGGCAACAUCAUGAUCACAUUCAUCCUGUUCUGUUUCCGCGUGCUGUGGUGGACGGGCGUUGCACGCGGCAGCGCCAUCCGCGUCGCCACUCCGCGUGUCAAGAAAGCCUAG